GCAACUCACUACAUACUCUAUAUGAAUUGUUCUUCACAGUCACAAUAAUUAAGAAUUAGAUAAAAAAUAUUGUGCGGAAACGCCUUAGUGAUUUUGAAAAUCAAAGAUAAAAUAAAAGAAAUGACAAUAUGAUAUAGUUUUGUGAAUUGCGCCCUAAAUAUAUACUGCAGGGAAAGGAAGCAUGACAGGAAACCUCUGUUUAAUAUAUAUUGAAUUCUGAAGCUACGCUGACACACAACUGAGACCAUCUCUGACAGCAUAUCUCUGACUGAUGCAUACAAGAUGGCGUCCCAAAACUUCAAUACAUCGAUAACAACUGAUGACAACGUCCAUGAUCAUCCCUACAAGCACCCUAUCUAUGAUGUCUACCUCCCGAUCAUGUACAUUAUCAUCUGUGUGUCUGGCCUGCUGGGCAACGUGCUGGUCAUUGUCGUGUUUGUCUUCUAUGAAAAGAAAAAGACGCUAACGGAGGCAUUUUUCCUUAAUCUGGCUGUGGCCGAUAUUUUGUUUCUUUGUUCACUUCCAUUUCUCUCCUAUCAGCUGUACGACAAAUGGAUCUUCGGAGACAUCAUGUGUAAAGUGAUUUUUGGGAUGUACAGGGUGAACCUCUUCACAUCAAUGCUCACCCUCACCGCUAUUACCUUCGACCGCUUUGUCUCUAUUGUUAAAGGGGUGAAAGCGCAGAAAUACCAACAACACAAACACAAGUGGGGCGCCGCGAUAUGUGCCUCCAUCUGGGCGACCGCUUUGCUCCUAGUUGUGCCGCAGUUUAUAUUUUUAAUCUCAAAGGAAGAUAAUGACUGCCAGGAAGACUAUGGUGACAUGAAGAAGCUGAGGAUAACCGUCUAUUCAUUCCAGCUGGUUGUCGGCUUUUUCCUGCCAUCAUCGACCAUGGUGAUCUGUUACAGUUUUAUUCUGAACACUUUGAUUCGUUCUAAGAGUUUACAGAAGAAAAAAUCCAUCCGAAUCAUCCUGGCGCUGGUGGUGGUUUUCAUUAUCACCCAGCUGCCCUUUAAUGUGACUCUUCUGAUCUUUAUAAUAAAGGACAACGAAGCUGAGUUAUUUGAAGUCCUGGCAGUACUGGAAAGUGUGGCAUAUCUUCACGCCUGCUUGAACCCAAUCUUAUAUUUCUUUGUUGGCAGCAAAUUUAGAAACAGCUUCUGGAAGAUGCUGAGAGGUUUCGGAUUGGGAAAAGGAUGGGAAGAGCCAAGCCAUGGAACCGAGGGAAGUUCCAAAGUUGUUUCUGGUUCUACUCAUGUGGAGGCUUUCAGCCUUGUGCAGACUUAGGCCCCGUACACACGACCGAGUUUCUUGGCAGAAUUCAGCCAGAAACUCGGUCG